UAUAUAUCUAUAUAUGCCCGCAACCAUUGACAAGAAAGCAAGUUGUCGAUGUAUCGAAUUUCUCUGUCCGUUUUAUAUAGUACAUUGUAAAUUUAAAAAUUUAUUUUAUUUAAUAGAUAGAAAAUAUGGCAGCGUUCGAAGAAAUGGGUGUUCUUUCUGAAAUAGCGCAAGCUGUUGAAGAAAUAGAUUGGAUGCUCCCGACGGAUGUACAGGCAGAAGCUAUUCCUUUGAUUUUGGGUGGAGGUGAUGUUUUAAUGGCUGCAGAAACUGGAAGUGGAAAAACUGGAGCAUUUUGUUUACCAAUUUUGCAAAUUGUAUGGGAAACUUUAAAAGAUAUGGAAUCUGGAAAAGUUGGCAAUACUACGAAAGAAGUAGCACACUCCACGCAUUGGGGAUUAAGUUUAUUCGAUAGAGGUCAUGCUUUAGCCAUCACACCAGAUAGUUUAAGAUGUCAAAGUCGUGAGCAGAGGGAAUGGCAUGGAUGCCGUGCCAAUAAAGGAAUACAAGGAGAUGGAAAAUAUUUUUUUGAAGCUAUUCCAACAGAUGAGGGCUUAUGCCGCGUGGGUUGGUCUACGUCUCAGGCCUCUUUAGAUUUAGGAACAGAUAAAUUCGGCUAUGGUUUUGGAGGUACUGGUAAAAAAUCAAAUGCAAAGCAGUUUGAUAAUUAUGGUGAACCUUUUGGAAUGCAUUGCGUGAUUGGAUGCUUACUUGAUUUAACAAAUGGCAAAAUAUCUUUCACAAAAAAUGGUGUCAAUCUAGGGGUAGCUUUUACAUUAAAUUCUCAACAGAAAUCACAAACAUUUUUCCCAGCUGUUGUAUUGAAAAAUGCAGAAAUGUCAUUUAAUUUUGGUGCUCAACCAUUUAAGUAUCCUCCACCAAAUGAUUAUGUUGCUGUAUCUUCGGCUCCAAAAGAACGCGUAAGACUUAAUCCUGUUAACAGUAAUAGCAGUCAAAGAGCAGAAAGCAACAAGCCUAUAAACAAUGCACCACAGGCAAUAAUUAUUGAACCUUCUCGGGAAUUGGCCGAACAAACCUUCAAUCAGAUACAAAAGUUUAAAACACAUUUAAAAAAUCCUAUCGUUCGAGAACUAUUAGUUAUUGGAGGAGUAAGUGUAAAGGAACAAAUUUCGACUUUAAAUUCAGGAGUUGAUAUAGUAGUUGGUACACCUGGACGUUUGGAAGACCUGAUACAAGGAGGAUACAUGUCAUUGACACAUUGCAGAUUUUUUGUAUUGGAUGAAGCUGAUGGAUUAUUAAAGCAGGGAUAUACAGAACUUAUCGACCGCUUGCAUAAACAGAUUCCUAAGAUUACAUCAGAUGGGAAAAGAUUACAAAUGAUAGUAUGUUCAGCAACUUUACAUUCGUUUGAAGUUAAAAAGAUGGCUGAACGUUUAAUGCAUUUUCCAACGUGGGUUGAUUUAAAAGGAGAAGAUGCAGUUCCCGAAACUGUUCACCAUGUCGUAGUGAUGGUAGAUCCUCAAAAAGACAAAUCAUGGCAAAAUUUAAAAAGACAUAUUGAAACAGACGGAGUGCAUAGUAAAGAUAAUAUCAGACCUGGAAGUAACACAGCUGAAGUAUUGUCAGAAGCUGUUAAAAUAUUGAAAGGAGAGUACUGUAUCCGUGCUAUUAGGGAGCAUAAAAUGGAUAGAGCAUUAAUUUUUUGCAGAUCCAAACUCGAUUGCGAUAAUUUAGAACGUUACUUUAAGCAAGUAGGAGGAAAUGAGCUCUCGUGUGUCUGUCUGCAUGGCGAUAGAAAACCGCAAGAACGUAAAGCAAAUUUAGAGAGAUUCAAAAGAAAAGAAGUAAAAUUCUUAAUUUGCACGGAUGUAGCGGCAAGAGGUCUUGAUAUAACUGGUUUGCCAUUUAUGAUCAAUGUUAUUUUACCCGAUGAAAAAUCUAAUUACGUGCACCGAAUUGGUAGAGUCGGCAGAGCCGAACGAAUGGGUUUGGCUAUUUCCUUAGUUAGCAGUGUACCAGAGAAAGUAUGGUAUCACGGUGAAUGGUGUCAUUCCCGUGGUAGAAAUUGUCGUAAUAGUAAUCUCACUGAUCAAGGUGGAUGUUGUAUUUGGUAUAACGAACCUAGAUAUCUGGCAGAAAUUGAAGAUCAUUUGAAUGUAACGAUCGAACAAGUUGGCUCGGAUAUAAAAGUUCCUAUAAAUGAAUUUGAUGGAAAAGUCAGUUAUGGAGAAAAAAGAGCAGCUAUGGGAACCAAUUACGAAAAUCAUGUAAAUCAAAUGGCACCCAUCGUUGCCGAACUGACUGCAUUAGAAUCAAAAGCACAAUUGAUAUAUCUAAAUAGGCAUUUAAUAGUGCAUUAAAUAGAAUAUAUUAAAGUAUUCUUUAAUAACUUACCUUUGCAUCGAAAUAUUCCGUUAUAUUGUUUAACUUAAUAUGUGAUCAAGUUGUAUUGUAUAAUGGUAAAUAUAGCAGCAUAUAAAACAUA